AUUCCGGAAGAGGCUGCAAUGGCAAUAUCGUGCUGGGAAAGCUACUAAAACGACAGCGUUUUGAAGCACAUUUGUCACCGUAUAAAAAUGUAUCCCUCCAUUUCCUUCUUACAUUCUCAAACGAUUUCUCCCGCACUUUGCUCAUCGAAGAACAUGGCAAGUAAGCUGAAAGUAGGCCAGCUCCGAGACGAACUCGCCCAGCGUGGGCUUGACACAAUCGGGACCAAGCCCUUACUGGUGCUGAGACUGGAGGAUGCUUUGCUCAAGGAGAGGAAGAAAGAAGAGGAAAAUGGAGGCAAGGCUAACAAUGCAAUCGGAAAUAACAAGAGAAAAAGAGGGAGGGAGUCCGAUGUCUGUAGUAACGAGGAUUCGGACAAAGUCAAUGCCGUUGAGGAGUUUCGACAAAUGAAUGUCAAGCAAUUACGCGAACAAGCUACUCUUCGAGGCCUUUCCACUGUUGGCACCAAAAAGGAACUUCUCGAGCGGCUUUGUGAAGAUGCCGACAAGAAUCCUCUUCGUGUUAAAGUAGAAGAAGAAGAAGAAGAAGAAGAAGAAGAAGAAGAAGAAGAAGAAGAAGAAGAGAAGGAAAGUAGGAAGGAGGAGAAAAUCGUUACGGCCACAAAGAAAGGGGUGGCUGUUCUGGAUCAAGGGAUCCCAGAUGAGAUAAAGGCUCAUUAUCAUGUUCUACAAAAGGGUGAUCAUAUCUAUGAUGCCAUGUUAAAUCAGACGAAUGUUGGGCAAAACAAUAACAAGUUCUUUGUGAUCCAGCUUCUAGAAUCUGAUGACUCAAAGACAUACAUGGUUCAUAAUAGAUGGGGUAGAGUUGGUGUGAAGGGUCAAAUUAAGUUACAUGGCCCCUUUACUUCACGACAAGCUGCAAUUGAUGUGUUUCAAACCAAGUUCUUUAACAAGACCAAAAACUAUUGGUACAACAGAAAAGACUUUGUUUGUCACCCAAAGUGCUACACCUUGCUGGAGAUGGACUAUGAUGAAAAAGAAAAGGAUUCUGAUGUCAAAAGAAAGGCUAACUCUUCCAUUGGUGCUCAAUUGCGGGAGACAAAGCUUGAACAACGUGUUGCUAAGUUUAUCUCUGUUAUAUGCAAUAUCAGCAUGAUGAAGCAACAAAUGAUGGAAAUAGGAUACAAUGCUGACAAGUUGCCUCUUGGUAAGCUAAGCAAAUCCACAAUUUUAAAGGGGUAUGAUAUCUUAAAGAAAAUUGCUGAUGUGAUUGACCAGUCAAACAGGAGCAAGCUUGAGCAAUUAAGUUCGGAAUUUUACACCGUGAUUCCACAUGAUUUUGGAUUUAGAAAAAUGCGUGAUUUUGUCAUCGACACACCUCAGAAGUUGAAAAAGAAGUUGGAAAUGGUUGAAGCCCUGGGAGAAAUAGAGGUCGCAUCAAAAUUAUUAAUGGAUGACAUUACGAUGGAGGAAGAUCCUUUAUAUUAUCGGUACCAGCAGCUUCACUGUGAACUGUUUCCUCUUGACAAUGAUACUGAGGAGUUCGCUAUGAUUGUAAAGUAUAUUCAGAAUACUCAUGCUCAGACACAUUCAAAUUAUACAGUUGAUGUUGUUCAAAUAUUCAAGGUGACAAGAGACGGUGAAAGUGAACGCUUUAAAAAGUUUUCUGGAACAAAAAAUAGAAUGCUGUUGUGGCAUGGUUCUCGGCUUACUAACUGGACUGGCAUUCUGUCCCAAGGUUUGCGCAUUGCUCCACCUGAAGCGCCUGCCACGGGUUAUAUGUUUGGGAAGGGGGUUUACUUUGCUGAUAUGUUCUCCAAAAGUGCAAAUUAUUGCUAUACUAAUUCUGCCUUCACAACUGGGGUGUUGCUUCUAUGUGAGGUUGCCCUGGGUGACAUGGCUGAGCUUCUACAAGCUAAAAGCGAUGCUGAUAAGCUGCCGGAUGGGAAGUUGAGCACAAAAGGUGUUGGUGCAACUGCACCGGAUCCUUCUGAAGCCCAGUCACUUGAUGAUGGUGUUGUAGUUCCCCUAGGAAAACCGAAGGAGCAAAACCGGGAGGGUGCUUUAUUAUACAAUGAAUAUAUAGUCUACAAUGUCGACCAGAUAAGGAUGCGCUACUUGAUUCAAGUUAGUUUCAAAUAUACAAAGUAGUUGUCCGCACAUUUGUUGAUUUACUGCCUGGUUUUGAUAGAAUUUUGAUCUGUAAUCUAUAUGUUGUAAAUGUAUGAAACAUAUUUGCAUUUGCUCUGUAGCCCGUGUAUGAUACCAGGCAGGGGACUUGUUUCAUACGUUUUAGACAAAAUGAACCCCAUUCCUUUUUCUUCUCUGAAAUUCGAAAUCCUAUAGGCGUAGUCUUAGAUUUGAAUAAA